AUGUUUUACGGACUCAUGAAGCGUUCAAGUUCUACACUGGAUCGCUGGCUGAUAUCAAAGAAGAAAGGUGACCAAGCCACUGAUGGAAGUCCAUUAGAAUCAGUACCAAAAGGAAAUGAGAGUGAUGAAGUCACAGAGCAAAGCAUGGUGGAGGCAUUGGGAAGACUCGAUGGACGGGAUAUCCGUUGGCAGCAGAAGGAAGCCAGUAACCUUUCGCUUUCUUACACCAUGCUGCUGAGGAAGCGAGAGGCUGACUUCGUCUUUGCUUCCUUGGAGAACUCCAUUCAGUAUUACUCUGGGGAAUUGGCCCAAAUCAUGGUGCAUGGGAAAUGGUGCCCCAUCCCUAGGAAACAGGUGGCUUAUGGAGACCCAGGCCUGUCAUAUCACUUCUCAGGCAUUGCCAUUCCAGCCAAACCCUGGACUCCUCUUCUGAAAGGCCUCUGUGAUGCUGUCUCUUGCAUUGCCUCAACCAAAUUCAACUUUGUGCUCAUCAACAGGUAUAAGGAUGGCAGCGACCGAGUAGGAGAGCACAAGGACGAUGAGAUAGAUUUAGAUCCAGCUGCCCCAAUCGCUUCUGUUUCCCUGGGUCAGCCACGAGACUUUGUCUUUCGACAUCAGGAUGCUCGGGGCCGACACAAAGCCGGAUCGAGUCUGCAUGAGCCAGUGACUUUGAUGUUGGAGCAUGGAAGCCUGUUAUUGAUGAAUCCGCCAACAAAUUUAUUCUGGUAUCAUUCCCUGCCUCCAAGGAAGAGGGCAGUACAACCGAGGAUCAAUCUCACUUUUCGAAAGCUCGUCACCAAGCCAUCCCAGUGAAUAAAAAUAUAUGUUUUCUCAAUUUUUAUUUAAUUUUGCACAUUCAAGCCCUGCCCAAGACCUUACGUGC